AUGGCACUAGCCAUGUGGCUUCUUCCCCAUGCCAUCCAGUCGUGCCAUCCACGUCCAGGCUGCAGGGAGUCUGAUGGGAGAGCCAAAUGUGACAGCUCCGCUCCCAGUGUGAUCCGCCCUGUACUUGAGGAAUGUGCAGCCUGCAAGCUCAGGAUCCUGCUGACCGUGGUGGUGAUCUUCAGGAUACUCAUUGUGGCCAUUGUAGGGGAGACGGUGUACGAUGACGAGCAAACCAUGUUUGUCUGUAACACGCUGCAGCCAGGCUGCAACCAGGCUUGUUACGACCAGGCUUUCCCCAUCUCUCACAUAAGGUACUGGGUGUUCCAGAUCAUCAUGGUGUGCACUCCCAGCCUUUGCUUCAUAACGUACUCCGUUCACCAGUCUGCUAAGCAGAGGGAACGGAGGUACUCCACUGUCUUCCUCACCUUGGAGAGGGACCAGGAUUCAAUGAAGCGUGAGGACAGUAAGAAAAUCAAGAACACGAUUGUCAAUGGGGUGCUGCAGAACACCGAGAACUCCACCAAAGAGGCAGAACCGGACUGCUUAGAAGUGAAGGAAAUCCCCAAUCCUGCCAUCAGAACUACAAAGUCAAAGAUGCGGAGGCAAGAAGGCAUUUCUCGAUUUUAUAUCAUCCAAGUGGUCUUUCGAAAUGCCCUAGAGAUUGGAUUCUUAGUGGGACAGUAUUUUCUGUAUGGAUUCAAUGUCCCUUCCAUGUACGAAUGUGACAGAUACCCUUGCAUUAAAGAAGUAGAGUGCUAUGUCUCUAGACCCACUGAGAAGACUGUAUUCUUGGUAUUCAUGUUUGCUGUCAGUGGGAUUUGUGUGGUGCUCAAUUUGGCAGAACUGAACCACUUGGGCUGGAGAAAGAUCAAAAUGGCAGUGAGAGGAGUACAGGCAAAAAGGAAAUCCAUAUACGAAAUCAGAAAUAAGGACCUGCCAAGAAUGAGCAUGCCUAACUUUGGCAGGACUCAGUCAAGUGACUCAGCUUAUGUGUGA